UUUUCAACCACCAUCUCCGUCGCUGGGUUGCAUGCUGUCUCCGCAUGGAGAGUCACGAUGUUUUUUUCGGCUUCCUUUGUGUCAACACUGCUCGUCGAAUUGCUGACAGCUUUCUCUGACGGAUUUCCGAGUCUCCAUGGACGUAACGAUCCUUGGUUCUGUUCUCACUGGUCUGCGACUCCGUCCGCACUGGCGAUACAGCACCAGCUCCUAGCCUUACCGAAACAACAUCAUCUGACCUGACCCUCUGAGGCGAUUCCGGUUACCUGGACAAUCAAAGCCCGUUAGUGGUGCCAAAGGAAAGAGCACUACACGCUUUGUCCAUAAUGGUAUGGGUGUCGUACUCCGGAGCCAGUCGUAUAAAGACCACACGUACGUGCUCCUCCUUUCAAACGUCAACCAGCAUACACCCAGAAACACGCCUUUGUUUACUCUUCCCGUUCGUCUUCGCCAUCAACCCUAUUCGCAAUGACUUCAGUCUCCUCUCCCCCAUCUCGCCGUCCCAACACUCGCCGCAAACAAUGCCUGUGCGGAAACUGGUUCAGUGUCAAGCCCGAGCGUGACAGAUACUGCUCGAAGGCGUGCGCACUCGUCGACUCGUGGAACACGUUGGUGGCAGGCGAGUCGCACUACAGGCGGGAGAUGGCGGCGAGAGAAACGAUGCGGGCGGUCUCGGCGAAGCGGGUGGCGUCGAGCAGAACCCUACGGACCCCAGAGGUCACCGCUGCUAUCACCGUUGGUCAGUACAGCGGGCCUGCGGAUCAAGCUAGUCACUACGGCGCAUUCGAUAAAGCUGGUAGCCAUCGUGCUCGACCGGCUGCGGGCGAUGCGCUCCCAAAGCCACGAAACUGCGUCGCGUGCAGUCGACGAUGCACCUCUUCUCGCUUGCGAGAUGCCAGCCCAGCCAGCCUCUGGACACGUUCUCGCCGGCACCCUCACACCGCGUCAGGCAGGACAAGCGGAGAGUUUGAUCCCCGUGGUAGUCUUUCUUGUCACCAAGGGAGACGAUGGCAGGCGAGCUGCGCCAGCAAAUGUUUGUCUCACGGAUCCACAUCGUUGCCUUGUACCUUUCACGACCAAGGAAAGGACAUUGCUUCUUCCCUUACACGACUUGAGUUUGCAGAGAUUCCGAACUACAAAAUGCCUAUCCCCAAUCAUCAUCCUUGCACCAUUCCCUUCGUUCGUUCCAGGUGCAUCACAUAUCGUUGUAUCCCCAUGACUUGCUUCGUUCUUCUCGGUUGUUGUAUUACUGUAGAUUAGUGGCAACUGGUGUACGGCCCUCGGGAUUGUCCCCUAUGUAUGACUACGUAUUUGUUGGGUAGCCAACUUCUCACAAAGGCACCGUAAAGCUCAUGGAGGCGAGGUACUUAGACCGGACCAGAGUCGGACUGGCGUACUACAGAACUUAAC